AUGGAUGUCAAUCCAGAUAGUCUGAAAGUCGUAGGGUUGCUCAGUGGUGGUAAAGGCAGUUGUCAUAACCCCUUCUAUUGUCUUCCCAACGGUCAUUGGCUUAUUGCUUUAGCUACUCUUGGACCUGGUCCGAAUAUGGAUGAGUUUGACUAUUACCUCUAUCAAACUGUUGGUCAAGAUGGAGUUCAUCUUAUAGCACAAGCUCUCGAUCUUCCACACUAUCGAAGAACUAUUACCGAUACUGCUCUUGAAUCAAAAUCGGAGUAUGGUUCAAGAGCUUAUCAAUCUCAAAUGCUCGGCAUAAAUGGCGAUGAGACGGAUUCAAAAUGA